GGCAACAAGAGAAACCAAAAGCCAAGUGAUUUAAAUAGACCCCUUCGCACAGGCGUUAGUGUUUCGUUGUGAAUUGUGAUAAUAUCCAGUAGUCAGACAAUGUGUCAUUAAAAUGAGUGAACAGGGCAACGAUGAUGUGACCGAUGGUACCAACGCAAGCGAACGUUCCAGCUGCGUAGAAAUGUUGAACAAACGACCUCGUCUGUUGUCCUUCCAAGGGCUGAGCUCGCAUUCGCGUGCCCUGGCAGAUAGGGAGGUCCCUGGGCCGAUGGCAAGCACAUCGUCCAGCUCCCUGGAACACAUCAACCGUCGUGAACAGCUGGCCAAUGAUCUACGCAGCUGGCAGGAAAGUCAAAUCGCUGCCUGCAUAGAUGACAACAUUCUGAACAUGGUGCUGGAACGGUUUCUUGUCUUCUUUGAUCGGCGGAACAAUGGCAAUACUGCAUCACAACAACCACCCCAAGCGAACGAAGGCCAACUGUUGGAGGACGAAGCGGUGCGAAUGGCAAUAAGUGCGCGGGGCCUGUUACCUUCGAGCUCGAGCGAACUGGCCGGACCUUCCACUUCGGCACAAGCAGCUCCGGGACCAGCGGUCGCGGCCGAAAACACGUCCACAGCUGUGCCACCCGAUCCCAGUUGGCCUGAAAUGGGGCGAGCUUUGCAUGACAAUUACAUCCUCGAGACGGCAGUGGCAGCUGCCAUUCAGGAGAAGGGUUUAAUAUCGGGUUGUUCGGAGGCGGAAGAAUCGAGCGACAGUGACGGCAGCGUGCAGGGCGACGAGGACGGCGCUAGGUAGUGAAUUCGGGUCCAUCGAUAGCACAUCUUGCAUAUGGCAAUCGUUUAUAUACCUGACGUUAGUAGUAACAACGAAUAAAUUUACGAUUACGAAGCCCCAAUGGUGUGCGCCUAAUGUUAGAAGAAAUAUUGAACAGGCGAUAGCAAUAAUUUGUGAGAAAAACAACAGUAUUUGAGGUUUGAUCAUAGUUUGCCUUCAGUGCUUUUCUCCGAAUGUUCGUCACCAAAAACUUAAGUGUAAGCUGCAAUAGAUAAAACCAAUCACUCUUUUGCUCUGUUACAAAUAGUUUUAAAACGCGAUUAGCUAAAAGUUAAUAUAUUUCUAUUUCAUAACGGCACCGAUGUACAGCAUACCAUACAGCAAGACACCAGAUGAAUCUUCACGCUUAAGAUUCGCUGCGGAAUCAGUAGUGCGUGCAAAGGCUAUUAACACACACCUGGUAAACAAUUCCGAUAUCUGUUUGACUCCAUUGGCGGAUCGAGAAGUCUGGUUUUUUGACACUGUUGCUUCCUUGCACAAUGGUGUUGGUGUCAAACGGUCGCCCUAGACAUCUUUGUUUCCACAGAACAGACCACCCUGACCCUCAUAAAAAUGUAGCGUGAAACAUGGACUGAAGGGGAGGACUGUUGGGUACUAAAAAAUGUAAAGCUAAAUUACAUUACUAGCACUAGAAUAACGAUCUGUGUACUGUAAACUUUACAUCUCUGAAACAAAUUUCAUCGGUAUUAGGUGGGUACGCAAUAAUAACGUGCAGAACGCAUGUUGUAAUCUUAAAACAGUAAUAUAUUAGCUUAAAGUCGUAAACUGAUCAGUAGAAUGAGCAUAGGCGGAAAACGUGCGAUUAUUUCCUAAUGACAAAACACAGGAAAUGCAGUGUAGCUGCUACGCGCGUGAUUUACUCGUUGGCGCUCGAGCGGUUUUUGGCAGGGAAAAGGUGAGGCAUUUUAGUUUCUGAUUAUUGUUAUCUUGAAAUAGACAACAUCGUACGAUAUUGCUGGGCAUGCAGGCUAUAUCGCCGGCCGCCUGUAUGCACUUGUGAUCUGCACAUUAACGUUACGAUACGGAAAUCAUCAAGUUCGAGUGAUGAUCGUUAUAAUCGUUACUGUAUCAGCAGGCAGAUGGCUUGUAUCGCAAAGCUGGGAAUUUGUCGCUACUUAGAAUAGUAAUGCUAUAAUAUUUUAUUCAAAUAAUCUGAUCGUUUUAAAUCACGAUUAGACCAAUUCUCUUUAGUAAAGGCAUUCUCUUCACGAGAAGAUGUUAAGCGAUCCAAAUUGUCAACAAUAGUACCAUGAGCUUUAGCUAAGCUUUUCUGUAAUUUUACCCCCUCUUAUUGAGGAGAAACUUCCCCCAAAAGCUCCGCCACAGAAUGCGCAAACUCCACACCAGAAACUGUCGAUUGCUCGUGUGCGAUGUUAUGAUAUUCACGAUGGACACGAACAGCAUCAACUGAUGUCGCAGCAGCAUCGGAAAAAUCGGAUUUUUCCGGAUGCAACCCCUACGCCACAUCUUGAACAUUCGAAACUCGGUGUCCAACAGGUUAUCAUUAUCCGAAACGGCGUUCUCACCGUAAGCCAUCGCUCUAAAUUGUGCAGCAAGGGUAUGCGUUGGGACGUUCAAUCGUCUUCUUUCGUUUGGUGAACCUUUCGCGCCAAGGGCCUCUAUUCCCGUCUUUAUCAUUCAACAACCCAGAAUUUCGAAGGCGGAGGGGAUGAAAUGUGAAUACUCUCCACCAAUGCUCACGCACGCACGUGAGAGAUCGAUCGAGUUGCGAGUUAACGCAUCAAUUUCCUUGUUCUACCCGCCACCGGAUCGUUGCCCAUUGUGCGAUAAGAUGUGUGCAAAGUUGGAGAAAAAAAAGCCGAACAAAAAGUGAAACAGAUCCACACCAUCCACUGAUCACCUCCCGGGAGAUAAAAUCUGCUAUGGCGAUGGCGGUGAACACAAUCUCGCCGCCAGAUGCUUGGGAAAAUGUAAACAAUCCGAGCACACAGAGCGAGAGAGCGAGAGAGAUGAUAAAACACACACAAGAUGAGGACUGAACUGCGGCAUUUGGCGUUGGAUGAGUCGGCCCAGCUGGAGUUGGCCAAACCAAGCAACCUGUUGUAUUCUUUGCUUGUGUAUGAGAGAGAUUUUUUUUGUGUGCCUGUGUGCUUGCUAAUCAUUGAGGUGUGUUUGGGAUGGUAAUAAUGAUAGCACGAGAUAAGCUUUCCGUUUCGGCUAGGGUAAUAAGAGAUGG